UGUGACGUCCCUCACACUCCCCAAACAGUGAGCGCGCGCUGCCCGGGUGCGCUCGCGCGGCCUCGGAAACACUGAGCGCGCGCGGCCCAGCCAAGCUCCUGUACAGGCGUAGGCGCGCCGUGUCCAGGGCGUUCUGUUUGGGUGAGAUGCUUCCAGCGCCAUGAUGAUGAUGAUGGCAGGUCAUUCGACGAUAGCACGUGUGGGCUAUGGCACAGGACUGGUGGGUCUGAGCCAUCACGAGCGCCGCGUUUUCGGCGUGGGAGGAGAAGCAGCGAAACCGUCAGGAGAGAAGCAGGCGCCGUCGAUCGCCGCGUCAGGCCACGUGUCAUGCGUGGGUAAAGCACACUACGUGUCUUGUGGGAGUAGGGGAGGACUACGGCGUUGUUCAGAAGGCGCCAGAAGAAGCACAGUGACUGCGGCGGCGGCCAUAGCUUCUUCUUCUUCUUCCUCAUCGUCGUCUUUGGCCGCCAUCGCUUCUUCUCCCUCGUCGUCCUCAGGAGGGGCGCUCAGCGAUGGACAUGAGAGAGUAAAUGCUUGCCCUUAUUCACUGCUCGGAGGCCGUCGGCGGUCAUCGAGGGAGGGGAGGAGACGGGAUGUAGGAGGGGUUGGUGAUGAUGAUGCCCUUCGCUUCCGCACGUGUCAAACGACCUCUAGGAGGGGGGGAUGGGAAGCGGGGCGCAGUGCUCUGCGCCGGGUGAUCAGCGGGGCGCAGUGCUCUGCGCGUCCGCGGGGGAUCGCCAAUCAUCAUCACGAGGUGCGAGCUUUGCAGCGAGCGUUAGAUUGUGGCCGCCGGUCUCUAGAAGGUUCUUCUUCAUAUGUGGAAUCGCGGCCUUCUCCGCUAAUUGUUAGCGCUGCCGCGGCGGCUGCUGACGUGGCGCGCGCGGGUGUGCGAUCGCAGAUCGGAUGGCGCUCGCCCCUCUUCCGCCUAAUUGCCCCCAGUCAAGCGGAAGUCUGCAGAAGUCAUCCGAUCGCCUCUGCCUUACUCGUCGAUCGUCAUAGUCAGGAGCUGCUGCGCGGCCGUGUCUGUUGUUCUGCCGGGGCGUCGGCGACGGCUGGACGGGAUCGGAGCAGCAGUCGGGACGCUGCCCCAGAGGAAACCGACUGGCGUAGACGCGGGUUGACGUCAGUCAUUAAGAGGAGGGGCUUGAUGGGUCAAUCGAUCGCGCGGUCAAAGGAGCCUGACGGCCGCGGGGAAGGCGGCGCGGACCGGGGAGGAGAGGGGUCGGAACUGCAGGAGUGGGAGGGGCAGUCUGAUCGGAUGACGGGAUCCCCAUUUGACGGUGAAGUCGAGGGGUACAGAGCAGAGUCGAAGCCAGACGCAUGCAAAGCAGACGAGUUACACUUUGUCCGCGUCCCGCACACGGAUUGGAACAUUGCGUUAUGGCGGUAUAAACCUUACAAAAAUUGCCGGUCAUCUAGUGUCGGCUUGGGCAUCCUCAUUGCGCCAUCGUCAUUAUCAUCGAAUCCAGCGAAGGAGAUGGUUGCGGCAGCCACACGGAAACAUCCUGUUUUGCUAUUGGCUGGUGUUGGGGCGAAUGCCUUUGCGUAUGAUGUCUCUCCACAGUUGUCGCUUGCACGUGAGCUUGCUAAGAUGGGAUUUGACACAUGGAUCUGUGAGGUCAGGGGGAUGGGCCUCAGCCAUUGGAUCAAAGGAUCAGGACCAUCCGAUUAUUCGGUGCCGGAGGACGUGAGUGAUGGGAACGCUGUGGAAUAUCUAGAGAAGCUUGCAGAUGAAUUUGAUCGGUUUGUACCGCAUGGCGACAUGGAAGUGGUGAUGUCUUCAAAGUCUCAGAGUUCGUCGGCACUGGCGAGUAACAGUUCAAGAAGCGCAGGCCCACCUGCAUCGUCAGAGUCCGUGAGAGGGAGAGCAAUGUCGGUGGUGGAGAAGGUACGGAAAACUGUUUACGGGUCGAAGGCUGUGGAUGUUGUGAAUGGGAGAGCGAGCGCUAAGUCUCAACAAGAUAAGGAUAAGGAAAAGGUUGAAAGUUUGUCGGGAACAAGAACAGGCAGCACGGACAUUGGUUCCCGUCUAGAGGAAUUGCGACACAGGCUUGUGGCGGUCCUGGGGUCCGUUGAUCCUGCCCCUAGGCUGGCACAAUUGCGGGACCAGAUAGCGAAUUCUGUUGGCGCAGUUGAACUGCCAUUGCUUCCAAGCAUCCCAACUCUCCCAAGCAUGCCGCCCAUGCCUGUUAUGCCGAACAUGCCCAAGAUUCCACCCAUGCCCAGCAUGGGGAGUUUAUCCUUGCUUCCAUCUUUGCCAGUUUUGCAGGUCUCUUCUCUGCGUGAUAGGUUGUCUGUCAUGAUGAUGGAGGGACAGAAGAACCUAGAGCUUGCCGGUCCCUUUGACUGGGACUUCGACAGCUACCUUGAGGGAGAUUUACCUGCAGCGAUUGAGUACGUCGUGAGGGUCAGCAGACCUGACGAUGGGAAAGUUAUUGCUGUUGGCCAUUCUAUGGGUGGGAUUUUACUCUACACGGCGAUUGGUAGGAAGAGCUUGCAAUCUAAACUUGCAGCAGUGGUGACUUUAGCGUCUGCUCUGGACUAUGCAGUCUCUGACAGCAUAUUGAAGCUUCUGCUUCCCCUGGACGUACCCGUGGUGAUGGACAAUAUUCCAGCCGUGCCGCUUGGUUUGCUGGCACGAUUGGCGCUGCCUCUCAUUACGCGUCCGCCUUAUACGCUCGGAUGGAUUCGACAGAACGUGUCAGCGCGAAACGCCAUGGACCCGGAAACAGUGCGACAGCUCCUCAUGUACAACUUUUGUUCAAUUCCUGUGAAACUCCUCGGCCAGCUAGCCUCUGUGUUCAGACCAGGAGGACUCACCAACCGAGACGGCAGCAAGAAGUACAUGGAUGGACUGGCUGAUUGCCCAGUCCCUGUUCUGGCUUUCGCUGGGGAUGAAGACACUAUCUGCCCACCCGCUGCCGUUGAAGAAACAAUAAGCAAACUUCCAGCACAUCUUGCUGAGUAUGUGCGUGUCGGUGGUGGGAUGCGAGGACACCAUUAUGGCCACUAUGACUUCCUUUGUGGACGACAUGCCAAAACAGAGGUUUUCCCUGUCAUAGAGCGGUUUUUGGUUCGGCAUGACAGAGAUGAGCACUUGAAAUGGGCCCAGUCUCAAAAGGAAAGUUCGAAGUAGUAGCAGCGAUUUGACGACAAAAUCAUUUCCGGAUGGAGGUGCGCAAGUUUGCUGAAGGCCUGAAGGGCGCUGCGGCUGCAGACCUGCAAACCUGCAAUCGCAUCUGGAAGGGAAGAUCUCCCCCUUGUCAGCGAGAGAAGGGAUACCGGUGCGGAACGAAAGUUAUUUGGAAUGAAAUGUUUUUUGCCACGGAGGAUGACUGGGUGCCGUCUGCGUGGAGGAGUGCAGAGGCACAAGGAGCAUUUUGGCAGGACAUCACCAAGUAUUCUUGAUGAUGGGAUGGGGAGCAUGAUUGAGUGGCGGAAAGAUUGAGAAGAGAAAAGCAUGGGCCCUGCGAGGAAGGAUGACACGCAUAACAGUCGACAAGUGGUCCAGUUGUUUUCGCAACAACAAAAAAAAGGAGAGAAGUCAAGCCCUUCACGAACAAUCACGCAGGAAUCAGUUUUUACUGUUUGCCGUCAUGGCAUGGAUUCUACUUCGUCCCAUCGUCUGUGACAAAUGGUGGCAUGUGACGAAGAGGAGGGAAGAUCUCUCACCUUGAGGCUGGAUGGCAACGAUGAGGUCGUCUACUCAUGCUUUCCCAUUUUUUGUAAAUUCUUGGUCAAAUUGGGCAAAUCUUCGCACUGGUAGAGCGCCCUAGGGUACUAGCUGUGUGUGCAUACAACUAUGCGUGUGUGUGUGUGAGAGAGAGAGAGGUGUGCGUGUGUGUGUGUAUGAGAGAGAGAGAGAGAGAGAGAGAGAGAGAGAGAGAGAGAGAGAGAGAUUGAUUGUGAGAGAGAGAGAGAGAGAGAGAGAGAGAGAGAGAGAGAGAGAGAGAUGACUUUGUACAUUACCUCCGGUGGCAUUUGUACCGGUUGUACGAACAGUCGCAACUCGAUACAGCAAGAAAAUAAUAUGCUGCUCAUAACUGUUGUGUAGCGGCCGCGUUUUGUUCAAUUCAAUUCAUCAUCGGGAGCGAGAGGAAUGGAGCUUGUUGCUGACGCACCAUAAUGAUGGUUGUAUUCUGAUGGGUGCUUUCUGACUGAAAGUUCACAUCUUUUAUCUUUGUUGGUGUGUGUGUGUGUGUGUAUGUGUGGUGGUGACUGGGGGCAAGGGGAAGGGGAGGUGGAAACUGGACCUUGGCGUACUUCGUGUUUUUGACUC